AUGGUCAAGGAGCAGAACGGCAAGAGCAACCCCGACAACCUCAAGUACAACUCUUGCGACCCACAAGCUCUACACCGAGUGCAUCUCUGGUACCGCGUUCACCGCCCCGCGCCACAAGAACCAGCGCUCCGCGUCGUCUCGAGCUUCCACGCCCACUCCCCCGACAUUGAGCCUACUCCUCAGCAGCUCCGAUGGGACCCGCUCACCUUCCCCGGUGCUGAGGGCGUCGACUUUGUUGACGGCAUUACCACCCUCGGUGGUGCCGGUGACACGCAGAUGAAGGACGGUCUCGGUAUCCACUUCUACGCCUUUGGCCGCAACAUGGGCAAGAAGUCGUUCUACAACUCUGACGGAGACUUCCUCUUCGUUCCCGUCCAGGGCGAGCUCCUCAUCACCACCGAGUUUGGCAAGCUCCACGUCCCUCCUCUCCACAUUGCCGUCGUCCAGCGUGGUCUCAAGUUCACCGUCGACCAGGUCAACACGACCGGCGUCGCCCGUGGCUUCAUCUGCGAGAUCUACAAGGGACACUUUGAGCUGCCCGAGCUCGGCCCUAUCGGCUCCAACGGUCUCGCCAACGCCAAGGACUUUGAGACGCCGUGCGCCCAGUACGACGACAGCGCCGAGGAGGAGGACUGGACGAUUGUCAACAAGUUCCUCGGCAAGUUCUUCAAGUACGAGCAGAAGCACUCGCCGUACGACGUCGUCGCCUUCUCGGGCACCUACGUCCCGUACCGCUACGACCUGAAGAAGUUCAACGCCAUGGGCACAGUCACGUACGACCACCCCGACCCGUCCAUCUACACUGUCCUGACCUGCCCGUCCGACACGCCGGGUACUGCCGUCGCUGACUUUGUCGUGUUCGCGCCGCGCUGGCUCGUUGCCGAGAACACGUUCCGACCCCCCUGGUUCCACCGCAACGUCAUGAGCGAGUUCAUGGGCAACAUCUGCGGCGAGUACGACGCCAAGGCCGAGGGCUUCCUCCCCGGCGGUGCUUCGCUGCACAACAUGAACACUGCGCACGGACCUGACACGGAGACGUUCAAGAAGGCGUCGACCGCCGAGCUCAAGCCCCACAAGGUUGGUGAGGGCUCCAUGGCCUUCAUGUUCGAGUCGGCGUACCAGGUCGCGACGACCAAGUGGGCCAUUGUCGAGAGCGGCAAGCUCCAGCAGGACUACUGGAAGGCCUGGCAGGGCCUGGACCGCAUCUCGGACCUCCCGCACGACGCCCAGCAGCAGUACAAGUAA